GAGCUAUAACUCCCAAAAUAUUCUCAACUGUAGCUUUCUUAAUGUAAUAAUUGUAUAUAUUAUAUUAAAGCUUCAGUAGCAAAUUCAACCUUUUUGUCUUUACCUUUCCCUAUAUAAGCAACCACUUCCAAGAAGUACCCAUCUUAUACUCCCAACAAACUCUGUAAACUAUCCAAGCAUGUCAGCUUCUACUUCAACCACUCAACUAUUUCAAGAUUUUCUAGGGGACUUUUACUCAAGGAGAUUGCUACUGCAGGCCCCCCUUUACCAAUCACCAGCUGCAGCAGCUCCUCAAGCUCCGGAGUACAGCAACAACUCAUCAGAAACUUACACUGGAGAUAAAACUUUCGAUGCAAAUGUGGUUAUGGUCCUCUCAGUCCUCUUAUGUGCCUUGAUUUGCUCACUUGGAUUGAAUUCCAUUAUUAGGUGUGCAUUAAGGUGCUCUAACUUAGUAGCUUCUGAGUCUGCUAGCAAUUCCACAACUCAAUUAGCCAAUACAGGAGUCAAGCGAAAAGCAUUAAAGACUUUCCCAACAGUAAACUACUCAACCGACCUGAAGCUGCCUGGUCUGGACACAGAGUGUGCGAUAUGUCUUUCAGAUUUCACACCUGGUGAGCGUGUGCGUCUUUUGCCCAAGUGCAACCAUGGAUUUCAUGUCCGGUGCAUCGACAAGUGGCUCAGUUCACACUCGUCCUGCCCUACUUGCAGACACUGCCUGAUUGAGACAUGCCAAAAGAUUGUUGGUUGCAGCCAAGCUACCUCAUCAGAACCUCCACCAGUGCAAGAAAGUAUUGUGAACAUAGCACCACUAGAACCUGAAGGUUUGAUACGCAAUUACAGAGUUAGCUAAGUAUAUUGUUUUUUCUUCAAUUGUAUAAUAUGUUGGCUUAAGUUGAGCCUCCAACCUGAAAGAUGGCAUAGAAGACUUUUAUUUAUGUAGGUUAAAGACUACUAUUCCCAAGAAGUGUAGUGUAGAUCUAAAUGUACAGUUUGAAUUUGUAUCUUGUUUCAAUUUUUUUUCCUCUCUCAAUGUAUACUAAAAUUGCAGUUAACUGCAAUUUCUAUAAAUACUUAAACAAAUUCAAGCACCAAGCAGGAUUCCUU